AUGUCGUAUGACGAUGACAUUCCAAUUACAGUCUGUGCGCUGACGGGCCCGGGCCGGCAGAGCUGGCAUAGGGCUACUUUCAAAUUUGAACCAACAGAUGAAGAUAAAAGAAAGAAACUCUGCGAAGGGAUAUUUAAAGUCCUUGUAAAGGACGUCCCAACAACAUGUCAAGUGUCCUGCCUGGAAGUUCUCCGCAUUCUCUCCAGAGACAAAAAGAUUUUAGUUCCUGUAACAACCAAGGAAAAUAUGCAGAUACUGCUGCGACUAGCGAAGCUGAAUGAGUUGGAUGAUUCUUUGGAGAAGGUGUCAGAGUUCCCAGUUAUUGUGGAGUCAUUAAAAUGUCUGUGUAACAUCGUGUUCAAUAGUCAGAUGGCACAGCAGCUCAGCCUGGAACUUAACCUUGCUGCAAAGCUCUGUAACCUCCUGAGAAAGUGCAAGGACCGAAAGUUUAUCAAUGACAUUAAGUGCUUUGACUUGCGUUUGCUCUUCGUCCUGUCACUUUUGCACACUGACAUCAGGUCACAAUUGCGCUAUGAGCUCCAGGGACUACCGCUGCUAACCCAGAUCUUGGAAAGUGCCUUUAGCAUCAAGUGGACCGAUGAGUAUGAAUCGGCCAUAGACCAUAAUGGACCUCCUCUCUCACCUCAGGAGACAGACUGUGCCAUUGAGGCCCUCAAAGCUCUCUUCAAUGUGACGGUAGACAGUUGGAAGGUGCAUAAAGAGAGUGAUUCUCAUCAGUUCCGUGUCAUGGCAGCUGUCCUUCGCCAUUGUUUACUAAUUGUAGGUCCAACUGAAGACAAAACAGAAGAGCUGCACAGCAAUGCAGUCAACCUUUUAAGCAAUGUUCCGGUCUCUUGUUUGGACGUUCUCAUUUGUCCAUUAACACAUGAAGAAACAACCCACGAGGCAACGACUCUAGAUGAACUGCCCAGUGAUAAAACAGCUGAGAAAGAAACAGUUUUGAAAAACAAUACCAUGGUAUACAAUGGUAUGAAUAUGGAGGCCAUUCAUGUUUUACUCAAUUUUAUGGAGAAGAGAAUAGACAAGGGAAGCAGCUAUAGAGAGGGCCUAACUCCAGUUCUCAGCUUAUUAACAGAAUGCUCCCGAGCCCAUCGAAACAUCAGAAAAUAUCUCAAAGAUCAGGUUUUACCACCACUGAGGGAUGUGACCAAUCGACCUGAAGUUGGCUCAACUGUGAGAAACAAGCUGGUGCGCCUCAUGACACAUGUUGACCUUGGAGUCAAACAAAUUGCUGCUGAAUUCCUUUUCGUCCUUUGCAAGGAGAGAGUGGAUAGCCUGCUGAAAUACACUGGCUAUGGGAAUGCUGCAGGACUGUUGGCGGCCAGGGGCCUCUUGACUGGAGGAAGAGGAGAUAAUUGGUACUCAGAGGACGAGGACACAGACACUGAAGAAUACAAAAAUGCAAAACCAAACAUUAAUCUUAUCACUGGUCAUUUAGAGGAACCAAUGCCAAACCUUAUAGAUGAAAUGACAGAAGAACAAAAAGAAUAUGAAGCCAUGAAACUUGUCAACAUGCUUGAUAAACUUUCCAGAGAGGAGUUGCUUAAACCAAUGGGACUAAAACCUGAUGGGACAAUAACGCCUUUGGAGGAAGCACUCAGCCAGUACUCUGUCAUCGAAGAGACCAGCUCCGACACAGACUAAAGCCAUCACCUGCUCAAUUCAGUCUUGCUUUUAUCAGCAUCUUUUCUCUGUAGCUCCAGGGGAAUCUUUUUUCUCAAACAUUUAUGCCCUUGCUUUGGCUAGAAACACAUUAACUGGUUUACUCAUUGAGAAUCCAGCAUAUUUAAGAGGUGAUCCUGUGUUUUUGCGAUCCUGAGGCAUUCAUGCAGAGCUGCAGUUAGAUGGAGUUGCGGGGGCUAGCAGCAGAAUAACGCCAUUUCAUCGGAAUGGAACCGAAGGACUUCACUGUAACACAGCCCUGGUGGAAUCUGGCAGGUCAUUUGCCAAGAUUCUUAGCAGAAGAUUUAGCCACAUCCUUCCUCUCACUUGUGCGAGCUGCCCCUCCUGAAUCUCUCCAGCAGACGGAGGCAUGCGGGAAGCAGAAAGAGCUGCUAAAUAAGGGCUGAGGCAAGUGACUUGUUACAUCAGGACUGACGACAUGGAAGCCAAGCAGCUGCUCCAUAAACCUCGCCCCACUUUUCAUUUCAGUUUUGUAUAAAUAUAUAGAAAUGCACACACACACACACACACACACACACAGCCCCGGACUUGCAAACUGACUGCACUGAAAGUUUGUAUGUCACUUACUUAGAACUUCAGAAUACAUUUCUCCCUAUAAAAUGACGGUUUAGUUCGGAGGCAGCUACAAUGCCUAUUUAUUCCCUCACAUACCUGAACACUAUACCAGAGAACUGAGCCCCCAUCUGUAUUGCUGCAUGGGGAGCAUGCAUUCUGAGGUCUAAUGCGGGUGCCAAGAACACGUGUCCCAGCAGAGGGAAUAGGGACUCCUGAGUCCUGGGAGUUCUUCGUGGCCUCUGCUGGGGCAGGGGGUCAACAGCACCCUUUUGUACAUAUAGGUCAUUCAUAUGUCACAUGUUUUAAAUGGGGGCGGUGUGUGUGCUGAUGUGUGUGUUCUACCUUUCUACCAUAUGAUCAGUUCAACGGUAACCUUAUUUAUUUAAAAAAAAAAGAAACACAAAUAGUUAUUGUUAAACUGAUCAAGGCUGUCUAUUUUUACUUUAAAAAUUGGUCAUAUGAAGUAGUAGAAAAUGAAUCGGUGAGCCUGGUUAAUCAGUGGCUAAAGUUGAAAAGGGGUUGGUUUCCCUUUAUAUAUGUAUGUAUGUUUGUAUACAUACAUAUAUACACACAUAGAUAAUGUGCUUAACCACUGCCUUUUAAAACUUUAAAUUAAAUAAAACAUUGGGGUUGAUUCAAUUUAGCCAUCGGUGUGUGUUUCUUUACAGGACAUGGGUAAACUAUUUCCCAGUUCAUGCUUUUUUAAAGUACUUGUACAUCUCACUUAAAAUAGCCUCCUUAAGGAUAGGCACAUGGGGUGUAAGUAAAAAUGUCAGUUAUCCAGAAAUCACUUCUCUGGCAAAACAAAACAGGAACUGAGCUUUGAAAUGCCUGUGAGCCUCCACGAGAGAUGUCAAAAACUUCCUGCAGUUUGGCUCAUUGGAGAGAGCCUCAAGAAUCUCUACUAAAAUUUGCAUACAUUUCUAAAAUGUUUAGUUAUCUGGCUUUUAGGCCCACAGAAAAGUCCCACAGGAGGAGUUGGGAGGAAGGGGGCGGAGUGAGAAAGCUCCUUGAGUUGUCACAAAUCUGGGAGAGUCUGUUUCCCGAAUGACACGUAUCACAAUCUGGCCCAUAGACUGAUUCUCAAGGAUGACUCUGUUUCUUAAAAAAAAAAAAUUCAGAACACUCCAUAAAAAAACUAGGGGGAAUACAAUACAUUUUAGGAUUGUCAUCUAAAACAGUUGGGAGAAGUUCUUGGUGACUAGUUUUAACAACAGUUAAAUGAAACUUGGCAAUUCAUAAUUUUAGAUUAAGUGAAAAAAAGCUUAGAAAAGAAUUUAAGUAUUUUUGUUAACUUCAUUCUACAAAUGCAUUUUGAAAUAUUUUUAUAAUUUCUACAAUCUGAUAGCUGUGGCAUGCGUGCGGGCCUCCCUGAAUGAAGACGUGCAGCGGGGCAGUGUCCGCCGCCUUGCCAGGGUCGGGGUUGAGCAGCCUGACCUGAGUUGCAUUGCCUUCCAGUUCCCCUGCACUGGGCACUAAGUCUUGGUUGUGAAAAAAGAACUUGCAGGGGGAGAGGUUGACAGUGACCACAUCCUGCACGUGGACAGAGAACUGACACCUGUUGUGUGUGGGUUUCCUAUGUAUGUUUCAUCAUGUAACCUCAUCACAUCCAUCUCAUACUCGACAUCAUCUCCAAAGAGCCUGUCACCCAGCUUCCCCGGCCCGACCCCCAAACCUGCUCCUUCCCCUUCAACACACUGCCCACCGGGGUCCACGCUGUGCCUCCUAUGACUCUGGAAUGCUGGGAGAGUGGUAAUUCUCAGGCCAUUUUAAGCAAUAACUAUUUCAGCAGAACCAGAGUCAAGAACUUUCUAUGUGAAGAGGUGACUUGGUGGAAGUGAGUGGGAAAUUUGUUCGAUGCAUCGCCAGCAGGGACCUGGAGUCCUCAGGCCGGAGCAGGGCUGCAGGCUUUCAGACCCCUGCCCGCAUGCUGGCCUGUGGUGGGGGUGGCAGAACACACAACACAUGGCCCACGGCCGCAUCCCUCCUCACCUUUGACACCAUAUGGAGGAAUGUGUCCUAAAAUAAGGCACUUGAGCUGCUGCUUUGGAGUAACAAUCAACAGACACUUGAGACCCUUUUACAUGCCCAGUGGUCCCGGGAGGCGAGCAGGACAGAUGUUAUCCCUUUAUAAACAAGGAUGCUAGCUGACAAGUACAAGUACUAAGUAUCUCCUGAAUACCACGUCAGUCUUGCCACCUCCCAGCACUGGGUGUCACCUGUAUCGACUUCCUCCCUGCCCCCAUUGUAAAAAGUAAUAUAUGUUCAUUGUGCAAAGUUUGAAAAAUGCCGGAAAUAAUUUAAAAAAUAAUUCACCCCAAAUCCCACCACCCUGAGAUAAAUAUCACUGUUAAUGUUCUAGUGUAUUUCUGUCCUGUGUUUUUUCUAUGCAUAUAUAAUUUAUUUUACUACGAGAUUGGGAUCACGCUGUAUUUACAGAUUUGUAUCCUGCUUCCUUAACAUUGUGAGCAUUUUCCCAUGUCAAUAAAUAUUCUUCAAAAAUUAA